AUGGUGAAGAUCGAAGCUUUUGCCGUGGAGCAGUGGAUGGACAAGUAUGAGCUCACGGCCAAGUACAAUACUGCCGAGACCUGCUGCGCCUCAAUCUCCGUCGACGACCUCCGGGCUCUAUCCGAAGACAAAGAGACCGAACCGCUGGCCAAGCUCCAGUCCACAAAGCUCACUUACGGCGCCAUCCGAGGCUCAGACCAAUUACGAGGGACUUUGGCCAACCUCUAUUCCGUCAAGACGCCAACUCCCUUACCGAGGGACAACAUCUUGAUCACGGCGGGCGCAAUCCAGGCCAACUUCCUGGUGCUGUACAGCCUGGUGGGGCCAGGAGACCAUGUCAUCUGCCAUUAUCCGACGUACCAACAGCUCUACUCGGUACCUGCAUCUCUAGGCGCAGAGAUCAGCUUAUGGAAAUCUAAGGAGAGCGAUGGGUGGCAGCUCGACAUUGAAGAGCUUAAGGGACUGAUCCGGCCCAACACCAAGUUGAUCAUCAUCAACAACCCUCAAAAUCCUACCGGUGCCAUUGUUCCCCGCGAGACUCUUGAAAACUUGAUCGAAAUCGCCCGCGAGUCUUCCAUCACCCUCUUUUCCGAUGAGGUGUACCGCCCGCUCUUCCACAAUAUCAGUCCCAUGGACCCGCAGUUCCCUCCCUCCCUCCUCUCAUUUGGCUAUGAGCAUACCAUUGCCACCGGAUCACUUUCCAAGGCAUACAGUCUCGCAGGCAUCCGAGUGGGGUGGAUUGCAUCCCGAAAUCGAUCCUUGGUGGAGGCGUGUGCCAGUGCCCGUGACUAUACCACAAUCUCGGUUGGACAGAUCGACGAUGCCGUGGCCAGCUAUGCGCUAGCACCGGAAUGUAUUCAUAACCUCCUCAAGCGCAACCUGGAGCUUGCACGGACCAAUCUGGCCAUCUUGGAGAAGUUCGUCGAUUCCCACCGAUGGGGGUGCGAGUGGAUUAAACCCAAGGCCGGGACGACCGCUUUUGUUCGAUUUACAAAGAUGGGGAAGCCGGUGAACGAUGUGGUCUUUUGCGAAAUGCUCCAGGAGAAGAGUGGCGUGAUGCUUGUGCCAGGUAGUCUCUGCUUUGGGGGAGGAGAGGACUUCCACGGCUAUGUCCGUAUUGGAUAUGUCUGUGAGACCGAGGUGCUAGAGAAAGGCCUGGAGGCUCUUGGUCAAUUCAUGGAGGAUGAGUAUGAGGGUGUACCAUCGCUGAAGAAAACCAAGACACCGCAAUAG